AUGGCCCUGCGCACUGGGACGGCUUGGUUUGGGCAGGUCCUGCGCAGAGUUUCCCGGCUUCAGGGCACCUGGUCCCGACGCUCCAGCAGCCUUCUGUGUCUCUCCUCCUCCCAGGAGUCCGAGCAGGCGGGCGGAGAGCGGCCGCCGCCGCAGCACAAGCUGCCCCGGAGCAGCGGCAGCGGCGGCGGCGGGGGCCGCCAGCCCCCCCGGCCCCUGCCCCCCUGCUGCGGUUGCUGCGGCCUGUCGGAUCCCCGGGCAGCCAGGGGGGGACAUGGUCCCCUCACUCGCCCCUUGCUGGCUGCCAUGAAGAGGCAGAACGUGCGGACCCUGUCCCUCAUCAUCUGCACGUUCACCUACCUGCUGGUCGGGGCUGCCGUCUUUGAUGCCCUGGAGUCCGACAACGAGAUGCGGGAGGAGGAGAAACUCAAAGCCGAGGAGAUUCGGCUCAAAGGAAAGUACAACAUCACCAGCGAGGACUACCGGCAGCUGGAAUUGGUGAUCAUGCAGUCUGAACCGCACCGGGCCGGCGUCCAGUGGAAAUUCGCUGGCUCCUUCUACUUCGCCAUCACGGUCAUCACGACCAUUGGUUAUGGACACGCUGCCCCAGGGACGGAUGCAGGGAAGGCCUUCUGCAUGUUCUAUGCAGUCCUAGGAAUCCCACUGACACUCGUCAUGUUCCAGAGCUUGGGUGAGCGCAUGAACACCUUUGUCAAGUACCUCCUGAAACGCAUCAAAAAGUGCUGUGGGAUGAGGAGCACCGAGGUCUCCAUGGAAAACAUGGUCACUGUGGGUUUCUUCUCCUGCAUGGGAACACUCUGCAUUGGAGCAGCAGCCUUUUCCCAGUAUGAAGAGUGGAGCUUCUUCCAUGCUUACUAUUACUGCUUUAUAACAUUGACUACGAUAGGGUUUGGAGACUACGUGGCCCUGCAGACCAAAGGGGCCCUUCAAAAGAAGCCUCUCUACGUGGCUUUUAGCUUUAUGUACAUUCUAGUGGGGUUGACAGUCAUUGGGGCAUUUCUAAAUCUGGUUGUUCUCAGGUUCUUAACCAUGAACAGCGAGGACGAGAGGCGGGAUGCUGAGGAAAGGGCAUCCCUGGCAGGGAACCGCAACAGCAUGAUUAUCCACAUCCAAGAGGACUCCCAGCACGGUCGGCCACGGUACAAGGCCGAAGUAACAGACCUCCAGUCAGUUUGUUCCUGCAUGUGUUACAGGUCCCACGAGUACACCAGCCGGGUGGUGUCCCACCAAAAUUCCUUCAGCUCGAAGCUGAACCCCCAGUACUUUCACUCCAUCUCUUACAAGAUAGAGGAGAUCUCGCCAAGCACAUUGAAAAACAGCCUUUUCCCAUCUCCCGUCAGCUCCAUCUCACCUGGGUUGCACAGCUUUACAGAUAACCACAGGCUGAUGAGAAGGCGAAAGUCCAUUUAA